AUGGACGCUUUCGUUGAUACUUUACAGGACUUUGUUCAGAACAAGAAAGCUCUGGUGGCGUGUGUGAUCGUCAUGAUAAACCCCCUCUUCUGGAACGUCGUAUCGCGCUACGAGUACAAGACGCAGAAGCUGUCCCGGACGCUCGGCGGCCCGAAGCGCGGCUGUGCCACUCUCGCGGCCUGUAUACUGACGCUCAACUACGUCCGGACAGCCACCUUCCACAAGACGGUGGACGAAUUCGGCUACUGGGAACCGCUCCACAACGGUAUGGUACAGGCGCUGGGUUACCUGAUUGUGACGGCCGGAUCCGUCCUCGUCGUCGCCAGCGCCUGGAAGCUGGGGUUCUUUGUCAGUUUCAUGGGCGAUUAUUUCGGGAUUUUACUCACUGAUAAAGUAACUGGAUUUCCGUUCAACGUUGUCAGAGACCCUAUGUAUUUUGGGUCUGGUCUCGUCUACCUGGGUCUGUCGCUGGAGCACGCCAGCGUAGUCGGGCUCGUGCUGACGUCGUGUAUAGCCUUCAGUUACGCCGUUGCCGUGCGGUUUGAGGGACCGUUCACCUGUCAGAUAUACGAGGAGAGGAAUAAGAAGUCGGACUAA